GCUCCCGCCAUGGCCCAUGGCAGCGGCGCCGUCAUGCUCAAGUGCGUGGUGGUGGGGGACGGCGCCGUGGGCAAGACGUGCCUGCUCAUGAGCUACGCCAACGACGCCUUCCCCGAGGAGUACGUGCCCACCGUYUUCGACCACUACGCAGUGAGCGUCACGGUGGCGGGCAAGCAGUAUCUGCUGGGGCUCUACGACACCGCCGGGCAGGAAGACUAUGAUCGUCUGAGACCUUUAUCUUACCCUAUGACCGAUGUCUUCCUUAUCUGCUUCUCAGUGGUAAACCCUGCUUCAUUUCAAAAUGUGAAGGAAGAGUGGGUACCGGAGUUAAAGGAAUAUGCACCUAACGUACCCUUUYUAUUAGUAGGAACACAGAUUGAUCUUCGUGAUGACCCCAAAACUCUGGCAAGACUGAAUGAUAUGAAAGAGAAGCCUAUAUCUGUGGAUCAAGGACAGAAGUUAGCAAAAGAGAUAGGAGCCUACUGCUAUGUGGAGUGUUCAGCUUUAACACAGAAAGGACUGAAGACUGUUUUUGAUGAAGCUAUUAUAGCCAUUCUAACUCCAAAGAAACACACGGUGAAGAAGAGAAUAGGCUCAAGGUGCAUAAACUGCUGCUUGAUCACGUGAGAUAUAUUUGACAACGGCCAGGCUUACUGUGAAAUUCUACCGACUUUAGAUACAAUGCAUUAAGUACACAGCCAACUUGUUACAGGCUUGAAAGCUAAAACUAUGACUCUGCCUUCUACAACCAGUGGAAUCCAGAGGGACAAAAUCAAACUCAAAGAACUUGUAAUAAGAAACCACCACAUCUGUUGCAAAUAUUUUAUUCAGACUGGAAGGUAUACUCUCUCUCAGGGUUACAUUGUCUAGAGAAAGCAACAACUGCACCAUGUUGAAAGAGCAUCCACGUGAUGCUGUUCAGUGGAGAUGCUUGGCCCAAAAUAUUCAAAAGGAAUUUGGAUAGUCUUUUGCUUUGAUUAUACAUAUAUAUAUAUAUAUAUAUAAAUAUAUCUCUAUAAAACUUUUGCACAGUCUGUAUGAAUCUGCACAAAGAAAUACCUUGUCCCUCUCUGCUCCAGUUAUCUGCUUUUAUAUGUAAGCUGCUUCCGGUUCCAGUGUAUCCAUAAAGGUGCAAUAAUCAGACCAGCCAGGUAGCCAAAGGUAGCUCCGAGGGAACAGGAAAUGGGCCAGACCUGAGGAGAGCGUAACAGGUAAAAGCAGACAAUAAGAAAAAAUGUUUGUGGGGGGCUUUGUACUUUGUGAGCACAAGUUCUCAGUGUAAUCUAAAUACUGGAAAACAACAGUCUUAUUCUAUGGAAGUUUGAUAUGCUCUCCUAAAAAUGCUACAAGGGUAACAAUCAUACAUACAUCAACAUGGACACUAAAUGCUGCUGUACAGUUUUAAGUAAUGUGCAUUAAAAGGUCACCAGGCUACUGGCUAUUGCAGUUUGAUAGCUUUGGUUGUUAGUUAGAUACUCCCCGAACUAUGUGAAUAGCUUAAGUUUACAUUCCCUAAGGAAUUCAGCURUAUUUACUGGAGAUCUAACUUCCCAUUCUGUUGCACACACUUGGAAGUUAAAGAUCUUUUUGCAAAUUCUUAUCCCAGUCUCCCAUGGCAUUCUGAUCCUGUUAGAGAUGUGUAUAACUGAACUAAUUUUCAAAUUAGGCCAUGCACUGAGAGAGAAAUAGAUUUUUUUUUUCUUUUUGGUCUUAAAAAGUAGGCAAAGGGAUGAAUUUCCCUCUGGCUAGUGGUAGGAAGGGAAUGUAAGUUUGGAAAUGGACUGAACUAACUUGCAUCCAGUUUAGCAAACACAUAGCAAGUUAAUAAUGUUGAAGAAUCCAGAAGGAUUUAUUUCCUAGUAUAAAGCCAGGGAACUGACUCAAUACAGAGGASUUGUUUUCACAAGCCUCUAGCAUUGAGACAAAGAAGUAAUGUGAUUGCCCCCAUCCCACUUUUUUUUUUUUUAACUGAAUUUCAUGGAGGAGGGAACUUUAACCAGUCCAUCCUUAGAUAUGGCAGACUUUACCAGUCAACUAAAUAUUGCAUUCAAUGAAAUUCCACAUCAGUUGGUGGAUAAAACUCUUUACUGCAGAGUAAACUGUGUUCCCUUCACUCCUCAAAAUUCUGCUUUGUAUAUUUUUUUCCCAAGGGCAAUUUUACAGUUCAACUCAUUUCCCUGAAGCAGGUGUGGACUGUGUUCUCCUCCCCUUUCUUUCCU